GUCAUAUUCAUUCUCAUUUCGUUUCCCUUUGUGAAUGACCCUGCUUUUCCUUUGUGUUGCUAUAGAAUCUGGUGGCGCUUUGAUUUUUAGCGAUGCAGGGUGCCUCGGCCAGCGCUGACGUCGUGAAUCAAACCUUGGCUGGGCACAUGAACUUUUUUUGUUCACUUCCAGGUAACUGUCUCUCAACAACUUUCUUGCAAUAUUCCAGAAAGAUCAACAAGAUGGCAUCCGACGAGUCGAUUUCUACAUUAAAGAUCUUAAUGAUCGGACCAUCAGGAGCAGGAAAGUCAGCACUACUCAUACGAUAUUGCGAUGACCAGUUCGACUCCGAAUCCUCUACUGCCACCAUAGGUGUAGAUUUCAAGAUGAAGAAACUCUCCGUCCACGGCAAAGCCUAUCGUCUCAACCUCCUCGACACCGCCGGCCAAGAACGCUUCCGCACCCUCUCCAACAGCUACUACCGCGGCGCCCACGGCGUGGUCCUCGUGUACGACAUCUCGAACCGGGACUCGUUCCUGGCGAUGGAGCGCUGGUUCGAAGAGGUGGAGUCGAAUGCGCAGCCCGGUGCGGUCACAUAUCUCGUGGGCGCGAAGAUGGACAAGACGGCGCAGCGGACGGUGAAGGUGGAGGAGGGCAUGAAGAUGGCGGAGGAGAGGGGGUGUGUGGGGUUUUGUGAGGUGAGUAGUAAGACGAGGGAGAAUGUCCGGAAGCCGUUUGUCGAGAUUGUGGAUGCAGUUGUGCAGAAGCCGGAGUUGUUGAGUAGUGGGACGAGGAGGAUGGGGACGGUGCCUGUGGAUGGAGGGGAGGGUUUUGGGAGUGGAUGUUCGUGUUGAGGAGAUGGAGAGCCUUGAGAGGAUCUCAGUGUCGUGGAAGUAGUUGUGCAUUUCUAUGUGCGGGGUCCGGAAGACGAGGAAGGGCGAUAUACGAGACAGGGACUGGAUUAAGCGUUGUAUUGGAUGGUGUAGACUACAUGGAGUUUCACGGAUGCAAUCGCAUGGGAUUGGAUUGGAUGGGCAUGAUACCCUUAUACACAUAGAUUGUACAUUUUCUUCUAUUCCUUAGGUUUGAGGAAGUCUACGACCACUACUCCAUAGUUAGCACAAAUACACAUACAUUCACAGCCGUGAUACGC